ACUAGUUCAAACAUAACAGAAAGCUAUACCUUCCUAAAGUGUGAUUAUGUAUAAUAAUAACGUUGUUAAUCCAUGGGGACUCAAAGAGACUGUGAAUUUAAAGAAUAAUAUUUCGAAAUGUUGUCCGUGUUUUUUCAAGAGCCGAAAAGUGAUGGACAUCAGUGAUUCCCUGUUAUCCAAGUUAGCCACUCCUGUAUUGAUAAUUACGACUCCUCCAGAUUCCACAAAGAAAUCAGCAGUUGGAACGACACUAGUAACUCCGAUUACUCCUCGAUUGUCGCCACGAGAUAAUUCAACUUACAGUAAUGAUACAAGAGGAAAUACUCCUCCACCUCGCUCGUCUGGUUCAGAAUCAUCGGGUUAUUUCACUCCUCCAACUGAAAAUCGAGCAUUUGUUAAAUUAGAUAGUGAAGCUCGAUCAUCGGAAUCUGAUGACAAAGAUGAUAGCAUUGAAAAUGACAAAAACAAUAAUUCUCAGGAUUGUUUGAAUCCUGUUAACAAUGAAGUAGAUCAACGGGAUGAAACUGUCGUGAUCAAAUCACCAACUAUCUCAGAAGGAUUUCGUAAUGUUGAAGGAGAGGUGAUAAAACACAACGAGUUGGAAGUACUCACAGAAAGUGAUGUUUCGGAGGACAAAUUCAAAGAAUCACGGAGGUUUAGUAUAUCCAGUUCCAAAGAACUGUCAUUUGUGGCCUCUAGUUCGUGUACAGAUAAAAUGAGUAAAAGUAGGUCAGCUGUUGAUUUCCAGAGUUUUCUUCCUGAAAUACCGAAAAGAAAGAGUGCUUGCUCUGCGCCACCUCUCAAAGAUGAACUGAAUAUCUAUAAGGAUCUUAUUAUCACCAGCUAUGAAGAUAUUACAGUAUUUCCUGAAAAAAUAGCUUCAAUAGAGUCAGUUGUGAUUGGAACAGAAGAGAAUGAAAUAGUCAAAUCCCCCAAAGAAAUAUCAGUCACGAGAAAAUUGAGCAGACGACUUUCGAGAACCCCAAGCAGAAGAUCAACCAAAUCCACACCAAGAAGUGUUCGUGACUUGACUCCAAAAAGCACUGCUAUCAAACCAAAAGAUUGCUUACAAACUGCUUUAGCACAGAUAAAUAAUCAAGAAUGGGAAGUGAUGAUUCAGGGCCUACAGGGUUUGACGAAGCUAGCAAAAAGUCAUCCAGAUGUCCUAGAAGCAAAUAUUCAUAAUGUUUGCGUAUGUUUAGCUAGACAAAUUAAAAAUUUGAGAUCUCAAGUAGCCCGUAGUGCCUGUCAUACGGCAUCGGAAAUAUUUCAGUCUUGCAAGAAAGGUUUAGAAAUGACUAGAAACAAUUUUUUGAGUAUUCCUAUCGAAGAGAGAGAGUACUCUACCAACUUGGACGCUAUUGUUUUGUGCAAUUGGCGAUAUGCACAGUUCCGUAUGUUAUCUCCUUCUGGUAGGUCCAUGAGUUAUCUCAUGACUACUGACAGUACUGAUGGUACCAGGGAUAAUUUGGUGAAUCUGUUUCUUUACACCGGAGAGCUCCUCCUGAUCAUUAUGCUGUAA